UAUAUGACCCACCGUCGAUUCACCUACACAAUUAAAAUGGCGGAAUGUUAUCAAACACAACACAAGAUGUCAUUGACGCUUUUAUUGUUUACCAUAUAAAACAAAUUAAAUUUUUUUAUUGGUUCUAUUGAUUUCCUCAAAAAGUUUACAUGGUAGCUACAUUGAAUAGUUUUAUUCAACAAUUAUACCAUGUAUUCAUGUUAUAAGUGCAUACACUUUUGUCUUAAAAAAUUGAUAUUUAUUCAUCGUUAACAAUAUUUGGUGUAUCAAUAAUCAAUGUCUUUUUAAAAAUUUAUUUGAGACAUUAUUAUACCGGCUUAGCUAGUUAAUGUUAAAAAAGUAUAUGUAAUGAUAAUCUUCAGCCAAUUAAAUUGGUAACAAGCCAUCUGACUGAACGACUUGAAUUUGAAAAUUCUUGUUCUUCACCAUCAACUUCUUUAGCUACCGUUAAUUCAAUAGAUCCAAAAUUAAACAUUAAAAAACAAUUAAAAACGGUCAAAAAUAUUUGGUUUAGCACCAACAAAAAUUAUCAGAAUGACGUGACAACAAUGAACAACAAUCUCAUGUUUCGAAGCAUGUUUUUUAUGAACGAAGAGGCUAGACAUUUUUUGGCACCGCCUAUUCAGUUAUCCACAACAGACGGAGAAUAUUUUACUAGAAAAACUAGUAAUCCAAAUUUAAAUACUCAUCAUCAACAGCAGCAACAGCAACAACAACAGCAGCAGCAACAACAAGUAGUUGCUGCACUUGUUAAUCACGAUUCAAGUUCCAGCGUAGAUAUCAAACCAAAUUUACAAGUACCCAAAGCACGUCCUCACGGUUGUGAAGAGUGUGGAAAAACAUUUUUGAUGAAACAUCAUUUGUCUACUCAUAUGAGAGGCCAUACUGGUGAACGUCCACAUAUUUGUCCUGAAUGUGGAAAAACAUUUGCAUUAAAACAUUGUUUAAGCACACAUCUUCUCCUUCAUAGUUCUGAACGUCCUUAUAAAUGUUUAGAAUGUAAUAAAAGUUUUACUUUAAAACAUCAUUUGGUAAGCCAUGAACGAGUUCAUACCCGAGAUCGACCAUUUGAAUGUCCUGAAUGUCGGCGUAGAUUUCCACAGAAACGUCAUUUGACUACUCAUAUCAAGUUUCAUUCUGGUGAACGUCCUUAUUCUUGUUCUGUAUGUGGAGAAACAUUCUCUAGGGAAGAACAUCUAGUCAUGCACUCAAGAUUUCAUGGAGGUACACAACCAUUUGUAUGUCCUGAUUGUGGAGCAGCAUUUUUGCGUAAAUUUGAAUUGGUUAAUCAUGAACGUCAACAUGGUCGUGUUCCUGAAUCAUGCCCAGCUUGUGGAAAAGAAUUUUUGCAAAGACGCACUCUGCUAGUUCAUGUUAGAAAUUGUGGAUUAAAUUCAUCAACCCCUGUUCAUAGAUCCCCUUAUACAGCAACUGCUAGCAAAGCAUGCCGGGAAUGUGGUGAAACUUUUGCUAGUGAUGAAGGUCUUGCACUUCAUAUGAGAUUACAUAUUGGUGAUCACAGUUUCUUAUCAGAUAUUUGUAGUCUAGCUGCUACUUUGAAACAAAGUGUCCAAGGUGUAUCUAAUGGUAUUAACAAUGUACAAAACCAUCAUCAAGCUCAACAUCAAUCAGGAGUAGUCAACAAGAAAUCUCAUUAUUGUGGAGAUUGUGGUCGUGGUUUUACUCAAAAACAUGGCUUACAACAACAUCAUGUUAAGUAUCCAAAUGCUACUUGUAAAGAAAAACCAUUUGCAUGCCAAAAAUGUGGUAAAAGUUUCAUGCAAAAAAAUCAUCUAGUUCUUCAUGAAAGGCAACACAUGGAUCCACCACCAUCAAGAAGUCGUACUGCAACAACUACUGCUGUGCAAUCAAUUCAACAUAUACAGACUGAACAAGUUAGCCUACAAUCAACUCCUAUUCACACAACAAUUUUAGGUUUACAGCCUAUCAGGCAUAUUCAAUCAUCAAGUAGUCAAGCUCAACUUUUGAGGCAUCCUAGCGAAGCUCAUUCUGGGUCUUAAUACUUUUUUCCUAUUUUAAUCUUUAAAGUCACUAUUUUAUAGUCUUAAUUGCAAGUAAAAAUUAUUAGUUUAAUUGUAAUUAAAAGUAGAAUGGGGUUCCUGAUAUACCAAAUUAAUUGGAUGUACAUUUUUAAAAUUUUUAUAGUUUUUUAUAAAGGGCUUAAAAUGCAUUAAGUAUAUUUUAAAAAUCUAAUUACUAAAUUUUUUUAUCAGGUGUUACUUUUAAAAAAUAAUUUUCAUGCAUUAUUUUAGUUGUUGUCGUGUAAUUUUUAUUAAAAUGCCUCUGUAGAUAAAAAAAAUGAGUAAAAUAAUCACUAGGAUGUGUGCUUCCAUUAAGUAACCCUUAUUUAUUUGUCUUACUAUUUGAUAAUAAUACCAUUGUUUUUAUUAAUUUUAAAAGUUUAAACAUUUUAAUUAUAGAGAUUUUAUCAAAAAAUUAUUAUAUUUUCCACAAAUUAAAAAAUGAAUGUUAACUUUACAGUUGAUUUUUACUAACCAGCAAUAUAUAACUAUGAAAUAAUUUAUAAGAUAAAAUCUGUUGACUUGUAUAACACUUCUUAACUUUAUCUUUCUAAUUUCUAGAAAAAAUAUCUUUGUAUUUAAAGUACAAUAUUAUUACUUGCUACGACUUUGUAAAUUUUGUGAUUUUUUUCUAAUUUAAUCAAAUUAUAUGUAGACCUACUAGAUUAUAUUUACUAAGGUAACUCAUCAUUAAAUAUUUUGAAUGUUAUUGUGUUAAAUUGGUUGUUUUAAAAUGCGUGUAAUUUAAAAUAAGAGAUCUUUUUAUUGUGAGUGGCAUAAAUGGUGUGAUAACUUAUUUUUCCAUAAUAUGCAUCACACCAUUGUUACUAAAUCUUCUCAGCUACAUAACCAAAGAGAAAUUCAGUAACUUUUUGUGCCUUUCUUUCCCAAAAAAAAUACAUGGAAACACAAGUAUAAUAAACCUUUUUAAUUAUGAUUAGUUAUUGCAUAUAUUGGAUUAAUACUAAUGUAAGAUAUCAUUUUUUUUACUCGUACCAUUAAAAAUAAUGUAUAUAGUGAAUAUUCUACGUAUGUAAUGUAUAAAUAUAGUUUAAGUAUACUUUAUA